GGACCUAAACUAAACACAGAGCAAAAACCAAAAAAACAGAGGAGAUUCUCUUGGCAUCUCCGAAUCCAAUCUGAGAAACGAAGAAGAAGAAGAUCGAUGUUUGAGAGAAGGAGCUACGAUUGUGAAUUAGAUGCAUGAAGUUGUAUUACCUGUGGAUCUGAAAUUCUACACGCAGCUUAUCUUAACGCUCUUCUUUGUCUCAAUCGGUCUUCUCUACUUUGUUAAAAGAACGGCUGCAAAGUACUUCGAGGUCGGUGGUGGUGGCUCCGGUGGUUUCGAUAGAGACCAUCGUAGAGAUUUCAUGGUUCCCGACACGGCUGAAUGUUCCGUCUGUGGGAAGGUUUCUACCAAGAAGUGCUCUCGUUGCAAAUCUGCUCGGUAUUGCUCUGCGGAAUGCCAAAAGUCAGAUUGGAGCUCAGGACAUAAACUAACAUGUAAGGUGUUGCGGAGUACUGACUCAUCAGCGGUGGGAAGAGAUGAUCACGACAUCAAAGCUUCUCUGUUUGGGAAAAUUUCUGCUUCUAAGAAGACUAAUGUUGCAUUGGUUCCUCAACUGAGCCAAAGCAAGGCUACCGUCAAACCAACAGAUGUUCUUUUCCCAUACGAAAGUUUUGUUAAGUAUUUUAACUGGGACAGACCAAUAAUGGCUCCUUGUGGGCUCACCAAUUGUGGAAACAGUUGUUUCGCGAAUGUGGUUCUACAAUGCCUUUCCUGGACUCGCCCUCUUGUUGCAUACCUUCUGGAUAGAGGCCACAAGAGAGAAUGUAGGCGAAAUGAAUGGUGCUUCUUCUGUGAAUUUGAAAGUCAUCUUGACAGGGCAAACCAUAGUCGCGAUCCUUUUUCACCAAUGAACAUUAUUUCGCGGUUGCCUAAUAUUGGUGGAAAUCUUGGGUAUGGGAGACAGGAGGAUGCUCAUGAGUUGAUGAGGUUUGCAAUUGACAUGAUGCAAUCUGUUUGUCUCGAUGAAUUUGGUGGAGAAAAAGUGGUGCCUCCUCGCGCUCAAGAAACAACACUUAUUCAAUAUAUAUUUGGUGGCCUCCUUCAGUCACAGGUCCAGUGUACUGCUUGCAGUAAUGUUUCUGAUCAAUAUGAAAAUAUGAUGGAUCUAACUGUUGAGAUUCACGGGGAUGCCGUAUCAUUGGAGGAAUGUCUUGAUCAGUUCACAGCUAAAGAGUGGCUACAGGGAGAUAAUCUGUACAAAUGUGAUAGAUGCAAUGACUAUGUGAAGGCAUGCAAGCGCCUUUCAAUUCGUUGUGCUCCAAAUAUUCUUACCAUUGCCUUAAAAAGAUUCCAGGGUGGGAGAUUCGGUAAACUGAACAAAAGAAUCAGUUUUCCCGAGACGUUUGAUCUUGGCCCUUACAUGAGCAGUGGAGGAGAAGGAUCAGAUGUAUACAAACUCUACGCUGUGAUUGUGCAUUUAGAUAUGUUGAAUGCCUCAUUUUUCGGCCAUUACAUUUGCUAUGUCAAGGACUUUCGUGGAAACUGGUACAGAAUAGACGAUGCUAAGGUGGAAAAGGUUGAACUAGAAGAUGUCCUUUCUCAGCGAGCAUAUAUGCUUCUCUACAGCAGGGUUCAGCCCAGACCAUCAAGUCUUAGAUCCGAAGAAGGUCAAGAUGAGAAGAAAACUGAAUUGUUAAACACAGAAUCUAGCCACGAGGGCUCUGUUGAAAGUUCUGAGGUGGGGGCGAUUGAUAUCAAAAUGUCCUCGCUGUGUAACGGCAGCAUCUCACAUUCAGAUGACCCUGAAAGCGAAAAAGAACCACCAUUGUCGUCAAUGUCAGCAUAUGUACCAGUCAUCUCACAUUCAGAAGACCCUGAAUGCGAAAAAGAAUCACCAUUGUCGUCAAUGUCAGCAUCCAUACCAGUCAUCUCACAUUCAGAAGACCCUGAAUGCGAAAAAGAAUCAUCAUUGUCGUCAAUGUCAGCAUCCAUGCCAGUCAUCUCACAUUCAGAAGACCCUGAAUGCGAAAAAGAAUCAUCAUUGUCGUCAAUGUCAGCAUCCAUGCCAGUCAUCUCACAUUCAGAAGACCUUGAAUGCGAAAAAGAAUCACCAUUGUCGUCAAUGUCAGCAUCUGCGCCAGUCUCUGAAGAUGAAGGAAAGGAAGUUGACAUGAGGGUUGAUACAGUAGAUUCUGAAUCAAACCCUUCUGUUGACAUGGAACAUGACUCCGGAACAGAUCAAAAAGAAGAAGCAGCAAAUGGGAAAGAAGAUCCAGCUGUUGAAAAUCUGGUUAUUGAUUCUUCUUGUUUGGACAUGACUACUCCAUCUCCAUCGGCUGCUACAGAGUCCAAACCCCUGGAGAAAGACCAUUCAGACACGGAGAUGCUCGAUGCUCAAUGAAAAUCCGAAAGGAUGGUGAAACCACAAACAUUUUUCACGGCUCUUGAAAAUUCGAAAAAGGGAGCUUCUAACUUAACAAUAAUGAUGGUAAAGAUUGCUUUAGACCCUGCAACUUCUGGUGGCUGAAGGAUUUAUAUAGAAAUUGUUGGAUCCUGGAGAGAUUAUCAUAUUUAGAAGAAAUUUAGGGUUCUUAUUGGUGAACUAUAGAGCUUACAAAGCCAGGAUUAGUACUUUAUUAGUCAUAUAUGAGAUGGAAACUUCAGGAUCCGUCAAGUUAUUCUUUUUAUUUAUAUUUGUCUGUUUUGGUAUAUUUUACCAUUGAACUCAAAGUCUAAGAGCUUGAAAAACUUAAUAGAGGAGGAACACAUUGGCAACUUUAUAGUUGAUUCAGUUUGAAAUUUUA